AUGCGCCUGUCUUCGUCGUUGCUGGCUACCGGUGCGCUGUGGAGCCUCGCCAGCGCUACAGCAUCGCCCGAGACCGAGCCGCCGCUUAAAAAUGCGAAUCACAUCUUCAAUACUAUCUAUGAUUCCAUGCGCCAAUGGGGAUCAUCUCUCCAUCAUAAUGGAGUUUCGUUCUUUCUGGCAAGUGUACCAGCCGGGACCCAGUUCUAUCAUGGGACUUCCAAGUCCAGUCCGGUGAACGGCACGGAGUGGCUCGCGUUUGAGCCGGAACAUGCACUGAUGUUUGCGCGGCCGCAUCAUGGCCCGCCUCCCCGACACCCAGGCGAUGACGAAGGCGACCACCGCGAGGACGGUCCGGGAGGCCCAGAAAGGUCUCACGAUGAACUGCGACGCCGCCAGCCUCAUGGCCCGGAAGACGGACACCACGAGAUGCCGCCCCUACCGCCGUUUGAGGCUUUGGACGAGUCUGAAGCCGGAUACCUCCACACCUAUGUUGCCGCGAAGGACCUUCGUCUUCUUUAUAUCGAUGGCAUGUCCGCGGCCAAGACCAAUAAGGGCACUCUCGAAUCCCAGGAUGUACUUCUGUUCAACAACACGCUGGAUGACUCGCCGCAGGAAGGAGAACAUGGGCCACCGGGCGAGUUCCAGCGCGCGGUAAAGGCAUGCGAGCUGGCUAAGAACGAAUGGGGCGGCCGCAUCGAUGGUGUCAUCCGUAUGGAAGCUGGCUUCGAGAUUAUCCUUUGUGCUUUCGAGCGCGAUCUGACACCCAUCCGGAUCUCGCAGGUGAAGUCGGAUCCCCAGGGUCGGUGGGCUAAAGGCAGACAAGACCGGAAACACGGUGGUCCCCCUGGAUCUCAGGAAGAUGACCGAAAGAGACGCGGUCCUGGAGGGCCUGGCGGGCCAGGUCGGGGACCGGACUUGCCGCGAUGGAUGCGUGCUGUGACAUCGCGGUACGAUGGAAUCGGAGGCGGCCGAGUGAUUCUCAACUAUGACCACUUCGUCACUGCAUAUGCCUAUGAUCUGGACCUGUUUCCGGACAACUCGUCCCUACCUCGCCUUGCACAGCUCUCGCAUGCGGAUGUGGAGCCUAUCCAAAAGGACUUGACAGCCCUGGUUCUGGCUCACGACGCGGGUGAAGCGUCUUGGAACUGGCAGGCGACCGCGGACAUGAUUGUCACCCGCUACAGCCAAGAGUUGUCGUAUAUGGCCUCGGGCAAAUUCUCUGAUCUCGAGUCUCUGCAAAACCACCUCGAGGUUUUCCUGUCGCCAUUCAUUGACUACAGCGAGCGGGAUACCGCGUUGGAGGCCCGGCGAUGUGCCACCCAGUUUUUGCCCCUGGAGAAGCAAGAUGCGACAGAGCUAGCUGGUCGCGCAGUGUAUAGCGUAGCAAACAGUAUUUGCUCGACCUUACUGGCGGCAUGGGAGGCGCAAGAGCUAGAGUCGGCGGUGGAGAAGAUUCAGAUCUUGAAUGAGUAUCUGGGCUGGGCCACCUGGAAGAAGUGUCGCGGCUGCGAGGACAACGAGGUCUGCGUCGUGCCGAUCUGGCCCAUGGGCACAGUGGCAGAUUAUGAGAACCCUCGGUGCAAGGAUCUAACAGGGCCUGUUCAGGACCCAGAUGGAGAGAGCUACUGGGGCGGGCUGCAUCCUUAA